AUGGCCAUCGAGGUCAUCUUCGGCGAGAAGGUGAAGAAGCUUGGCUUUGAGAUCGGCCUUGAGGAUGAGAAGACCUGCAUCUCGGGCGUCAAGCCAGGCAGCGAGGCGCAUCAGCGCGACCUGCGAGCUGGAGAUGUGCUGAUUUCCAUCAACGACGUGCCGGUGGUGAAGCCCGGGCGGGACGAGAUCAAGGCCUUGCUGAAGCAGCGGCCCUUGACCCUGCGGGUGGACCGCCCGGAGACUGGACCAGCGGCAAGUGAAGACAGCGGCUCGGAGUCGGACACCGGAAAGGCUCCGCAGGAGAGGCACGACGCCGACAUGGCGCUGCUGCAAAAAGCAAAGGCCCGAGCUCGAAAGGCAGAAGCUUCCGGCUACGCGAAGGCUCAGGCGCCGCCAGCUGAGGAUCCUGCAGCGGAUAGCGGCGAGGACAGCGCCGAGGAGACUCAGAAGAAGGAAGUGACGCCGGAGAGAUUCGACCGAGACAUGGACCUGCUUCACAAGCACUUGAAGUCUGGGCCUUCUGCCGCACCCGAGCCACGCGAUGAUGAGGUCCUUGCCAUGCGCCUGCAGGAAGAGCUGUUGCAAGGCACCCAGGACGACGCUGCUAUCGCCGCGCAGCUGCAGCGAGAGGAGGAGAUUGGCUUUAAGCCAUCUGCCGAACCUGGGCCCAGGCCCGACCUCUUGGCUGCGGCUAUGGAGGUGGCGGCGGCGAGAGAGGAGGAGAGAUUGGCAGCGGAAGUAGAGGCUGGCACUUGGGGGAGAGAGCGAGAUGCGGAGGAGGAUGAGGAUGGCUGGGCCGAGGAAGAGGUGCAGCGCUGCGAGGUCUCGGGCAAGAUGCAGAUCAAGGUCCGGGUGCCAGAAGGCUGCACUGAGGGCGACACUCUGGAGGUGGUCGCGCCUUCUGGGGAGCUGAUCCACGUGGUCAUCCCGCGGGGGAACGGGCCUGGCUCCUUGCUGAUGGUGCAGGUGCAGAACCGGGAUGGCGGUCCGCAGAACAUGCUGUAUGCGCCUCUCACGGAGAAGCACCCGCUGGAGGAGUGGGAAGCUAUGCUGCAGAAGUUGGUGUCUGGCUAUUCCGUCAUCAAGGUCGCCCGCAACGGCAAGCUCUACAACCGGAACUUUUGGUUGGCCAACGGCAGCCUACGCACCAAUGGCCGCUUCAGCUCCGGCAUUGACCUGCGGCAGCUCACCGGUAUCUUCCGCGGGGCAGUGUCGCAAGAGUUCAUCAAGCUGCGCAAAAGUGCGGCGCCAAGGAAAAGCACUUCCCUGGGUUCCAGCCUGCUUCGCACGUUUGUAGCGAGCAAGCCUUCGCCACCUGUGGAGCAUCCAGAUCCAGAGGAGGCUGGCGUAGUGAUCAUUGCGACAGGCGGGCGCUCUUUCUCUUUGCUCUUCCCCGGCGGCGGCGAUGAGCGCGAUGAGUUUGCAGAGACCGCCACCUUCGCCGUGCAGCGUGUGCGCCGCGAAAUGGGCCCGGUCGCCUUCAAUUUCUGGGUCGCUGGGCAAGAUCUGUUCGCCAGUGCCGCCGCCUUCGACGGCCUGUGCCCCUAUGCUGGCUGGAGCGGCAAGGCCUCGCGCGACACAGAGCGAAAGCGUUGGGCGCUGGUCAGCUUCUCGGACCGAUGGCUUUCGCAGCUGACAAGGCCCAGCCUGCACGAGUUCGUGGCUGCGCGGCCCUGGUACGAUCUACUGCUGGAGGAGGAGCCCUUGCUCGAUGCUCGCGACUGGCACCCGGCCUGGAACAAACUCGCCUACGCGCGGCGGGCAUUGAUUCUGGGCACGUACAAAGCAGUGGUGUGCUUGGAUGACGACAUUCUCAUUACCAACCCGAAGAUAGACCCCAUUGCAGACGCCAUAGAGACUUACUUUGCAGCUCACCAGGCAAAGCUGGUGGUGGCAUCUUUGGAUGAGCAGGUACACGCACGUGUGCCCUUCAACACUGGCGUGCUAGCAUUGAGGUCAUCUCAGGAGACAUUGAUGCUUCUUGACGAGGUCUUCAGAAUAGGCCGCCGUUUGAAGCUGGUGAAUGGCUACACGUGGCUGCCUCGCGUCACGGGACUUUGGGACCAGGACGCCUUCGCCGAGUACGUCGACCAGUAUGGCGCCAGUCGUUUUGCACUUCUUCCUCAUGGCCAGCUGCAGUCCUUUGUUCGCAGAGGCCACUCCCUGUGGUCCGCGGGCCACUUUGCGGCGCAUUUCACCGGCUUGGCGGAGCUGGAUGCGGAGGACCGCGCUGAUCUUCUCAAGGGCUUCCUGCUGGGUUUGACGGCUUAG